CGUGAUGUUGAGGGAUGCAUCUUCUACUUUGAGCACCCCCUACACCUCAAAUGCCCCCCGUUCGUUGACUGGAUCUUUUCCCUUUUCUCUCGAGAAUGCCCAACAAAACUCAUAUUUUAAUUUUCCAGGCGUAAUAGGCAAUUAUAUGCUGUUGGAGUAUCUUGGAGAUGGUUCGACCAACAUUCCCCCGCCCCCCACUUUAUCUCACAUCCCAGCCAUGCUCUCCACUUGUCCCCCCCACUCCGGACCCGUGGAGCACCACCACGUUCCAUUCCCGUCGAAAUGGGGGGAAUUGAAACCCGACUUGGGUCGUUCUGGCAUGGAGUAUAGACACGAGUUUUAUACUCACGACAACUCAGGGAAGGACUCGGUGGACUCGGAAGGGGUGUGUGGGGAGGAGAUUGACACCCGCGAACUGACUAUGCAGAUCAUUGCCGAGUUGAAGAGAUUCAGCAUUCCUCAAGCAAUAUUCUCCAAGCGUGUGCUACGGCGGAGUCAGGGCACUCUCUCCGAUUUAUUGCGGAAUCCGAAGCCGUGGAAUAAACUAAAAUCAGGCCGAGAGACCUUCCGGAGAAUGAGACGGUGGAUGAUGGAGCCAGAAAACGAGCGGGUGGCUCAAUUGAGGGAGGCAGUUAUGCACCGCAAGGAUUAUGAGUACGACCGGCACACUGACAGGACUUUUAUUAAGAAGCCACGACUUGUGUUUACUGACUACCAACGACAAACACUCAAUGGUGUCUUCAAGGACUGUCGUCGCCCUUCCAAGGAGAUGCAGACUACGCUUGCCUCCAAUCUCGGAUUGCAGGUCACCACGGUCGCCAACUUUUUUAUGAAUGCUCGGAGACGGAGUGUGGAUAAAUGGAACGACGAUUCCUUGCAGGGCGAACAGUCAUUCUUGUCUUUGGUGGGAACUGCAAACUCGCCACAACUUAAAAGCGGCGCGGAUAAUCUUAAUGAUCAAUAA